AUGGCACAUUUAAACAUGAUCCCGUCAUUUAAGUUUUUGUUUGUUGUAUUUGCUUUUAUCAUAAGUGGCUGUGCGCCACGCUCUAUAGAAGAUGACGAUGAAUAUUUUCAAUCAUCUCCGAGUUACAGAAACUAUGAAGACUUGGUGAUAUUAUUUAACAAAUUACAAACAUCAUACCCGGAACUCGCUAAAGUGUACUCGAUAGGUAAGUCCGUAGAAGGACGUCAACUAUUAGUGAUACAAAUUACACAAGGAAUAAAACAGAUACAUCCAGAGCGCCCAGCUUUCAAAUAUGUGGCAAAUAUGCAUGGUGAUGAGUCUGUGGGCCGAGAGUUGGUUAUAUACUUAGCACAGUACUUAUUGAUGAAUUAUGGGAAAGAUGAAAGAAUUUCAAAGUUAGUCAACAGCACUGAAAUUCAUCUGAUGCCAUCUUUAAAUCCUGAUGGUUUUGAUGCAAGUAAAGAAGGUAAUUGCGAUUCACUCCCACAAUAUGUUGGCAGAAGUAACGCAAGAAAUGUAGAUCUCAAUCGGGAUUUUCCCGAUCAAUUUGAUAAGAACAAGUCGAAUGAUGAUGAAUAUUUGUUCGGUGGUCGACAGCCGGAAACUCAAGCCUUGAUGAGAUGGGUUCUUUCCAAGCAAUUCGCGUUAUCUGGUAACUUACAUGGAGGAGCCGUCGUGGCAAGCUACCCUUACGACGAUUCGAGCACCGGUAGAGACUGCUGUGUUGAAAGUUUGACACCAGAUAAUGCCGUCUUCAAAUAUCUCGCGGGCGUGUUUGCGUCUAGACACGAAGACAUGAAAAAGGGUGACUCGUGUCCUGUAGAGAAGUUCAAAGAUGGUCUCAUUAAUGGGGCAUACUGGUAUUCUGUGAAAGGUGGCAUGCAAGACUUCAACUACCUUCAUUCAAAUUGCUUUGAGGUGACCUUCGAGCUGUCCUGCUGCAAGUAUCCAAAAGCUGAAGAGCUUCCAAAGUUUUGGUCGAUAAAUAAGGAACCCUUGUUGUCUUUUAUUGAGCAAACCAAUAUUGGUAUGCAAGGGUUCGUGGUGGACGAAGAAGACAAACCAGUAAAGAAUGCCCAAAUAAUGGUAGAAGGUAUCGAUCACAGUAUAAAGACUACGGAGUACGGCGCGUACUGGCGUCUCCUGCUGCCUGGACAAUAUAACGUGUCCGUGUCAGCUCCUGGAUACACAAACGCACCCCUACUGACAGUGACAGUGACAAGCGAGAAACCGUCAAUAGCUAACUUCACUCUGCACCGCCGACCGCGCUCAUUCACAGCUGUGGACUUCAACCACCAUAACUACCUGAUGAUGGAGAGAUACCUUCAGGACCUGGCGGAAUCUUACCCUCACAUCACCAAACUGACAAGUAUUGGGAAGAGUGUGGAAGGCAGAGAACUGUAUGUUUUGGAAAUAACGAAAGACCCUGGAAGGCACAUACCUGGAAAACCAGAGUUUAAAUACGUAGCUAACAUGCACGGUAACGAGGUGGUUGGGCGUGAGAUGCUCCUUCUCCUGGCCAAGUACCUCUGCCAGCAGUAUGCGAGUAACGACCUUCGCAUACAAACCCUCCUGAACACCACCAGGGUGCACCUGAUGCCGAGUAUGAACCCUGAUGGAUAUGAGCAUGCGAGAGUCAAUGACUAUAGCAGUAUCCAUGGCAGAGCGAAUGCGCAUGAUGUCGAUCUUAACAGAAACUUCCCUGACCAGUAUGGACCAACACAGGAUAACAAAAUACAGGAGCCGGAAACAGCAGCAGUAAUGAAUUGGACGAUGUCCAUACCGUUUGUGCUAUCUGCGAACUUGCACGGUGGGUCGUUGGUAGCCAACUAUCCGUACGAUGGCAACCCAGACAUGACCGAUGGACAAGAGAACUUGACACCGGAUAACGAAGUCUUCGUCCAUCUUGCUCACGUUUAUUCUGAUGCGCAUCAUACAAUGCAUUUGGGACAGCCAUGCAGAGGUCACAAUAAUGAAUACUUUCCAGGUGGAAUAACAAAUGGCGCUGAUUGGUACGUCCUAGCCGGAGGUAUGCAAGAUUGGAACUACCUACAUACAAACGAUAUGGAGAUCACUCUGGAGCUCGGCUGCUACAAGUUCCCUCCCGCCUCCGACCUGCCGACAUAUUGGGAGGACAACAAAGAGGCCCUCAUACAGUUUAUUGAACAGGUGCACAAAGGCAUCCACGGCUUCGUCCACAGCCACAUAGGCCACGGGCUGGGCGGCGCGGCCGUGAGCGUGGCGGGCGUGAGCCACACAGUACGCAGCGCGCCGCACGGCGACUACUGGCGGCUGCUCGUGCCCGGCACCUACAACGUCACUGCGAGUAAAGAAGGAUACGAAUCCGUUACGGAACAAGUGACAGUUCCAGCAAGCGGCUCCGUCAGCCUCAACUUCACGCUGAUGCCGGACGACCCGCAGCACUGGUCUUCUGCGUAUGACUUCCGCGUGUUAGACAACAUCGUGAACACGCGCUACCACGCGCCGCUGGAGGUGUACGCGAGCCUCGCCGAGGUGGAGAACCGGCACCCGGACGUCGCCGAGUUCCGCGCCGGCGACAGCCUCGACACCGCCAUGCUGCACGAGCUCAAGCUCACCAGUGACUCAGGUUCACCCGAAGAACAAAAGUUCCAUAUAGCUCUCAUCAGCAAUUUAUACGGUUCUCAGCCUCUAGGGCAAGAGAUGUUGAUAAACUUCGCGCGUCACAUCGCCACCGCAUACUCCAUAGGCGAGCCGAGACACAAAAAACUAUUACAAAACGCAGUUUUGCAUUUCAUACCUAAUCUAGACCCAUUGUUCAAUAAAAUGAUCAAGUUAUACGAUCACACAGAGAAAUGCGAUCUAGAGCCUUUAGAAGAAGAAUUUGCAGAUAGCCUUUACAACUAUCUGACCAAAAAAGAUAUUAAUCCACUAUCAAAUUAUACAAGGGAAAAGGCUUUCAUUCAUUUAUUAGAAGUAGAACAAUUCGAUUUGAUACUCAACUUGGGCUCUGGUACAGAAGACGCGAAUGUUCCAAACUUUUCCAAGGAAAUAUAUGAGAAAUAUGCGGAAAAAUAUCAAGAUAAUAGGACGCCUAUGACUAAAUAUACUUGUAAAGACACUUCUAUGGUGGCACAAGAGAAUCUUAUUGAUCUCAUAUUUGAGAGAUUCAAUACUCCAAUAGUGUCCGUUGGACUGAGUUGCUGUAAAAUGCCGCUUGAGAAGGACAUUGGAUGGAUCUGGAGGAACAAUUUGCAUGGAAUCAUGAAGUUUAUUGAGCAAGCCAAUACUGGUAUAAUAGGUGUAAUAAAGAACGAGUCGGGUGCGCCCAUGCGGCGCGCCACACUACGUGUAGCGGGCGGGCGCCGCGUGCCCGUGAGCGGGAACCUGGCCGCGUACCGCGCGCUGCUGCCGCCCGCCGACUACAGGGUGCUGGUGGAGUGCCAUGGGUAUGAGAAUCAGACGCUGACCUGGCGCGUGGUGGAAGGCCAGGUGAAGCAGAAGGACGUGGUGAUGCGGCGCCUCAACGCCGAGCGGCUGCCGGGCGGACAGUUCCAGGAUGCCCCUUCACAGAGGAACUCUGACACGGUCUAUAUUACAGGCCUGACCCUGGACCACAACAGCUCACCGCUGCCCCUCACCCAGAUCCGUGUGUACCCGGUGGAGGCCAAGCGCGGCGUGGCGACCGCCGCCAGCGACGCCGCCGGCCGCUUCGAGGCGCGCCUGCCGCUCACGUACAUGGGCCGCGAGGUGCUGCUCACCGCCAGCCGGGACGGGUACAUCACUAUCAGCAAACAUGUUAAGAUUAACGGUAGCGAAAAUGUAACGCCGAAUAUUGUGCUUAAGCUGGAGGAGGACGGCUACAUCCUGGGCAUGCCGCGCCUUGUGUUCGUCAUGGUGGCAGGAGUGGUGGGCGUGCUGUUGGUGACUCUGGGCGCCUGGUGCCUGAGCUGCCGGCGCCGCGCGCGCGACCAGCGCAGACAGUACGCCUUCUCACAGCUGCCCUCCGACGACAAGCGCCCGCUGUGUGAGGACGCCGCAUUUGAUAUUGUGAAAAAGCCGUACUACGACGAGGAUGACCUACCGCCAUCAGAGACGGACUCAGAAGAAGACAUAGUCCUCCUCAGUACUGACAAAAACUGGGUUCAAACGGAACAAAAC